CGGAUAUAAAAUGUUACUAUGGUUGUUGGCCGGUUACGCCGGGCUAGCUGUAGGUCAGGACAGGAGACCAACUAUAUCCUUCAUUACACAACCGGAAAUAGUUACAGAUAUUGGUGGAAAUAUAGAGAUGAAGUGUACUGUAAACUAUGCUAGUGACUAUCCUGUAGUCUGGAUGAAGCUUGAUAGUGUGGACAGAAAUAAUGACCUCCCUAUAACCUCUGGAACAACAAUGAUCUUAAAAGAUCCGAGGUUUGCAAUUGAUUUCGACAAGGGUACAUCCACUUAUACACUCAAGUUAGUCCUGAUUGCGCUGACGGAUGCUGUCAAAGCUGAAGUUCCAUUGAUUGUGAGACGACCUCCGAUCAUUUCAGAUAACUCAACAAGAUCUGUUGUCUCCUAUGAAGGUCAACGUGUAGAGUUAAGAUGCUAUGCUAGUGGAUAUCCACUACCUGAUAUCUAUUGGAGAAGACAAAACAAUGAUAUCCUUCCAUCUAACUCUUCAGUUUUCAAGGGAAAUAUCUUAACGUUUGACUCGAUUAAAAAAGAGCAUCGAGGGACUUACUACUGUGUUGCAACUAAUGUAGUUGGAACUGGAGCAAGAAGAAAUAUAGAUGUAGAGGUUGAGUUUAAGCCCACUGUGACAAUUGAGAAGAAACGACUAGGCCAGGCUCUUCAGUACGAUAAAGACCUUGAGUGUCAUAUUGAAGCCUACCCUCCCCCUGCUAUAAAGUGGUAUAAGGAUGGAGUAACAGACCCUAUUUCAAACAAUCAGCAUUUCAGAAUUGCCCAUUUUGCAUUUGAUGACGAGUACUCAGAUACAACCCUCAGAGUAAUAACAAUAGAGAAGAAACA